UUGCCGGUAACACCGUGGAGACCGAAACUUUGUGCAGGCGGAGGUCCAUCGAGCCAGGACCGGUCAGUGCGUACGCGUCGUGACCCGCGAUCUAACCACAACGACUCGAACGGAGAUAAAUGUACACCACGCGGAAGGAUACUUCGGAUUAAGGUGAUCGGAUUCUCGACGACAAGAUGAUUUCGCGGUACCAAAUUCUGUGCGCGAUCCUGGCAUACGGCGCGGUCUUGCUCUACCAGGCGAUGGCGCAAGUAGACGGCUACACACCUGGCGUGGACUACCCGAUCUACGAUACCGUACCUUUCGGCCUCACGUUUACCUGCGGAGGCAAGCUACCUGGAUACUACGCCGAUCCUGAAGCCAGAUGUCAGGUUUGGCACUGGUGUCUGCCGAACGGACGAAUGUUCAGCUUCCUCUGUCCAAACGGGACCGUUUUCAGCCAGUCGGCUCGCGUCUGUGAUUGGUGGUUCAAGGUCGAUUGCAACGACUCGCCGAGGCUGUACGGGAUCAACGACGACCUGUACAGGGACGUGAACGGGAACAAGAUCUAACGACGACCGUGCUCCUGUGAACGGAUUAAAACGCGGGCGAACGAUGCGACGAUUCUGUACAGUCUCCACUUUCGAUAGGGGAAGAAGGACGAAAGGAACGAGAAUAAUUAACGAACGAACGAAGGAAGACGAGAUUCGUCCAGCGAGUUGUGAGUUCCUAGCUUGCCGGCGGAGGAAGCGCGCGCGAGCGAACAAGAAAACAGGCCGCUGCAGUACUCUCGGACGCUAAAUUCCACGCGAUGGCAACCGACUGUCCCGAAAGCUGUUCGAACUUGUUGAUACAUACACUUUCAGCCCGACCGCAAACCACACCAUGUACUUGUCCGUUUCCCCCAUAGAACCGUGAACAAAUUCUCUAUCGCACACAAUUCGCUCCGACAGAUCGAUCGGCAAGAUAGCUCUUAUAACAAACCUCGAUUAUUCAAUAAAACGAACAACUGAUGCAUCAA